GUGUGUGUGAGUGUGUGAGUGUGUGUGAGAGAGAGAGAGAGAGAGAGAGAGAGCAGGAGCUUCUCAGCUUCUCAGAAAAAUGAAAUAUUAAUUAACGGAAGUAAUAAAAUGUGUUCCGGAUGAAUGUUCCAAGUUUUUCUGUUUCUGCGCGCGUGAUGUGUGUUUGAAUAUAUUUAUAUUUAUAUUCAUUGCCUUGCGUUAACCCGGGAGGAUCAUGCGCGCGCUCCUGCACGCGCUCCUGCACGCGCUCACUUUGCUGUGUGUGCUCGGUUCUGUUUCCGGUUCGGUGCUGAACUCCUCGGUGACCGGUGAGUCCGCGCGCGCCUUCCCGGUGCUCACCGUGAGCUAUGAGCGCGUGCGUAAACCGUUCGAGGUGUGUCUGUGGAUCCUGCUGGCCUCCUUAAUGAAGCUCGGGUUCCACAUCAUCCCUGGUUUUUCCCGAUUUGUCUCUGAGAGCUGUGUGCUGAUCAUGGUUGGUCUGAUGGUCGGAUUUCUCAUUAAGCUCUUGGGUGAAACACUUCCAGUUUUGGACACCGAGCUCUUCUUCCUGUGUCUACUCCCCCCCAUCAUCCUGGAUGCUGGAUAUUUCCUGCCUCUGCGCCCCUUCAGUGAGAACAUGGGCUCCAUCUUGGCACUGGCUGUGCUGGGAACGCUCUGGAACUCCGUCUUUGUUGGGGUGGUGUUAUAUGGCAUGUGUAAAGUGAUUGGCCAGAUGGAUGGAGUCAACCUGCUUUCCUGCUUGCUGUUUGGUUCCAUCUGCUCUGCUGUGGAUCCGGUUGCUGUCCUUGCUGUCUUUGAGGAAAUUCACAUUAAUGAGCUCCUCCACAUUUUGGUGUUUGGAGAGUCACUGCUUAAUGAUGCUGUUACUGUGGUAUUGUAUCACCUGUUGGAGGAGUUUGCUGCCAGAGAGACGGUGGAGUUCAGUGAUGCACUACUGGGUGUGCUGAGCUUCCUGUUGGUAGCAUUGGGGGGCAUCAUGGUGGGCAUGGUUUAUGGCAUCAUGGCGGCUGUCACCUCUCGCUUUACCUCACACUCACGUGUCAUCGAGCCGCUUUUCGUCUUCCUCUACAGCUACCUGGCGUACCUGUCGGCUGAGGUGUUCCAUCUGUCUGGCAUCAUGGCUCUUAUUGCAUGUGGUGUGGUUAUGCGGCCCUAUGUGGAGGCCAACAUUUCCCACAAGUCCUACACCACUAUAAAGUACUUCCUUAAGAUGUGGAGCAGCGUGAGUGAGACUCUCAUCUUUGUCUUCCUUGGCGUUUCCACGAUAGCAGGACCGCAUCACUGGAACUUUAUCUUCAUCAUCUUCACCAUCAUCCUCUGCCUCAUCUCCCGUGUACUGGGAGUGGUGGGACUGAGCUUCAUCAUGAAUAAAUUCCGCAUGGUGAAGUUAACAGCUAAAGACCAGUUCAUCGUGGCCUACGGUGGCCUACGGGGAGCCAUCGCAUUCUCACUGGCUUUCCUGCUCUCCAGUGAACACUUCCCCAUGAAGAACAUGUUCCUCACUUCCAUCAUUACACUCAUCUUCUUCACAGUCUUUGUUCAGGGAAUGACGAUCCGCCCGCUGGUGGAGCUUCUGGCAGUAAAGAAGAAAAGCCACACCAAGUUUACAAUAAAUGAGGAAAUACAUACACAGUUUCUUGACCAGGUGCUGAUGGGAAUCGAGUGUAUCUGUGGUCAUUAUGGACAUCUUCACUGGAAGGACAGGCUCACCCGGUUUAAUAAGCGCUACAUGAGGAAGUGGCUGAUCUCAGGAGACAGGUCUGAGGAACCGCAGCUCAUCUCCUUCUAUAAUAAACUGGAGAGGAAACAGGCACUCCUAGUGGCUGAGAGCAGAACUGCAGCCAGGUUAAAACCAUCACUGCCCUCUACUGCAUCCUUACUGAGUGUUCGGAGUGAGAGGAAGAACAUGAUGAAAAUCACAAAGGAACAAGAGGAGGCAAUCCGGAACAUUCUCAGAGCAAACCUGCAGAAAACACAACAGAGGAUGCGCUCGUACAGCAGACACACACUGCUGCUGGAGGAAGAAGAGGUGGAGUGGCGUGAGUCUCAGCUCCAAAGACAGAGAGCACAGAUGGAGCGAAGGAUGAGUCACUAUUUGACUGUUCCGGCUAAAAGACACUCCCCACCGGUCAGGAGAGCAAAUUUAAUCUUCACAGAUAACCCGAGCAGUCCUGCAGUUAGUGACAUCACCAUCAGUACAGAGCCAUGUUCUACUUCUACAGACACGGUGAAGCUACUGAAUGAAACACAACCGAGACAAGACAGUGUCAGCAAAAUCCGACACGGAGUCAAGAAAAACCAAGUCAACAAAACAAACGAUUCAUUCAACAAGAAACAGGAUGACUCCCAGACGGACCGAGACAGAGCCUGUAAGAUCCAAGAUGGCUCCUGUGGAGGAAAAGACCGAAACCUGAGUGUAACAUUUGGUCUGGACGUCGAGGAGCAGAAACCUCCUCAAAGUCUAACCAACCUGGAAGUGAGCAAAAUUGAGGAGGAAGAUGAAGAUGACAAUGCUUCUUGACAUGAUUGCAUUGUGACAGGAGUCUAACAGCACCAAUUUAAUAAAAACUAGCAAGUGAGAGAAAAUAUUAUUUAUUUCAAAUAUAUUAUUACAAUAUUAAAUAUUAAAUUAUAUAAAAUUAAAUUAAAUUAUAUUACAAUAUAAUAUUAAAAAUAUUUAUUACAAACACAUCUGGGAGUUCUAUAGGUAAUGUUUUUAUGUAAAGGUGGUUUGAAAUGUGGAAUAAGCAGCCGUUUAUGUGAUUAUAUUUUAAUCGUUAUGUUAUCGUGUGUGUGUGUGUGUGUAUAAAUAAAAUAUGUAUCAGUAAUGUAAUAUUUAUGUUGUGGAUAAAAUAAAAAUUUGCACAUGGAAAUGGGAAUUCUGUGAUUCUGU